AUGAAGAAGGCUGUGAAAGAAAUUACGCAGAAGAAACUUCUGCAGGCUUGGUUACAUUUUAGUGAAGGAGAUAUCUUACAAGUUCUUCAUGGACUGGAUGUAGAAAACUGCCCUGAAGUGGCAGACUCAUUCUUGAAGGCCUUGUUUGCCCCAAUUCCUCUUAGUGAACUGAUGGAAGUCUGCAAAAACAGUGAUGGCAGGAAAUUGAUCCCUGUGGAAACACUAACCCCAGAAAUUGCUUUGUUUUGGAGAGUUCUUUGUGAAUAUCUGAAAUCUAAAGGAGAUGAAGGGGAAGCUUUCUUAGAGCAGAUUUUGCCAGAAACUGCUAUCUAUGCAGAAUAUCUGCUGAGUUAUACUCAGAACAUUCCAAUUGUUACUGAAGAAAAAAGAGGAAAUUUUGCCUUUAUGGAAAAUUCGAUGACAAAAGAGUUUAUAGGUCAACAGUUGAUUCUAAUUAUCAAGUCCUUGGAUACCAAUGAAUUAAAACGCAGAAAGCAAUUAUUGGCUGUCCUUCAGGAGAUUCUCACCCUACCAACUCUUUUUGAGAGACUGCUUCAUCUUUUUAAUGAUGAUAUUAAGAAGACACAGAUUGUUACAGAAAUUAUUUCAGAGAUCCGGGAGCCCAUAGUCACUGCUGAUCCUACUGAAGAUUCUGCUGAAGCAAGAAAAAAAGAACUCCAGAUAAAAGUAAAGCUUACUGAAGCCAAGGGAGCUCUGGAGGAAUGCCUUACUCUCCAGGAUUUUAACCAUGCCUCCCUGUUAAAAGAGGAAAUAAAAGAACUAGAAGAUACCAAAAUGGACCUAAUAAAAGAAACAGAACAACUUGAGAUGAAGGAGGUUCACAUGGAAAAGAAUGAUCCUGAAACAUUACAGAAAUGUCUAAUUUUAUUCUAUGAACUUCUGAAACAGAUCUCUAUUUCCACAGGCAUAAGUGCAACCUUGAAUAUUAUUAUUGACUCUUUGAUUCUUCCUGGAAUAACAAGUAUUUAUCCUGAAGUGAGAAAUAUGGCUGUUUUAUGCUUAGGUUUUUGUGGUCUGCAGAACCAAGAUUUUGCCAGUGAACAUUUUGCACUGUUAUUGCAGGUAAUUGCAAUGGAUGAUGUCACGAUAAAAAUAAGUGCUCUCAAGGCAGUUUUUGACCACCUAUUGUUGUUUGGGACUGAGCCAUUUAAAUCCAAAAAAGUCAAGGACCUUGAGAGUAGAGAAGCCGAGAUAACUAAAGGCUGUGAUCCUGACCACGGGAUAAAAAUAAAAGCUGUGGGAGAAGAGACUGCCUCUAAGAACAUCCUGAAGCUUCUGGCUGUUUUUUUAGACAGUGAGAUUUCUGAGCUCCACACAGCUGCUGCAGAAGGACUUGCCAAACUGAUGUUCUCUGGAUGAUUAGGUAGUAGCAGGCUUCUUUCUCCUCUUGUCUUGUUGUGGUACAAUCCUGUGACUGAAGAGGAUGUUCCACUGCGACAUUGUCUAGAGGUGUUCUUCCCUAUAUUUGCUUAUGCAAACAGGACUAAUCAGGAGUGCUUUGAAGACACUUUUUUCCCAACUCUGAAAACACUGCUUAAUGUGCCUGCAUCUCCUCCUUUAGCUGAAAUAGAUAUUGCUAAUGUAGCUGAACUACUUGUAGACUUGACAAGACCAAGUGGAUUGAACCCUCAAGCCAGAAAUUCCCAGGACUACCAGGCUUCAACAGUACAUGAUAAUUUAGCCAUAAAAAUUUGCAAUGAAAUCUUAAUAAGUCCAUGUGCACCAGAAAUUUGUAUUUAUGUAAAAGUCUUGAAUUCUUUAGAACUCAGUGACAAUUCUACAAAAGAACUUACUGUGUUAUUGGAUGAGAUUCUUGAGGAAGUAAAAGAUAGGACAUGUUUGAGAGCCUUAGAGAAAAUCAAGAUACAGUUGAGCAAAGGAAGUAAUGAACAUGGUGACCAAUUUCCAAGAUCCCAGGACACUGAUAGCGCUACCAUGGCCAGUAAUCAGAAUGAGGAAGAAAAGAAUAAAGAAAUGUUUCCUUUUAUAACCAAAACCCCGGUGGCCAAUAGGCGCUCGGCUACUGGGGAUGGGGGAGGGGCACGCGGCUGCGUCCCUGAUUAUGGGUCACGCCUUUGGUUCCCCACCCCCCACCCCGCAGCAGCUGGAGCAUCCACGCAGCUGCUCCUCUGCGGGCGGGUUCUCCAGAUGCAGCAGGAGAAAGAGCGGCACCUGAAGGAGGAGGAAGAGGCACCUCUGCUGGGAAAGCAGAAGGUGCAGGAGGAUCAGGAGGAGGACCAGGAGGAGGACAAGUGCUGUCACCCCAAGGAGGUGAAGAUGGAUCAGGAAGAGCAUCUUGAGAAGGUCCUGCAAGCCUGUGAGGUGGUGGAUCACCUGGAGGUGGAGAAGCAGCAGCAGGCUCAGCUGGAGGAGGAGCCGGAGGAGGAGAAAGAGGGAAGGAACCAGGAGCAGCUGCAAAAGGAAGAGAAGGAAGAGGAACAAGAAAAGAAGAAGGAGGAGGAGAAAGAGGAGCUUCUGCAGAAGGGGGCUGAGGCCCAAGGGACCGGGGAGCAGCAGGAGCAGCAGCCGGCCCUUGAGGGGGAGCAGGAGAGGCGGCAGGGCAAGUGGGCGCGGCAAGAGAAGGAGAGAUUACUGAGUGAACCAGAGGAGAAGAGGAGGAAGGAGGAGUGUCAGCACCAGGAGCAGAAGGAGCUCACAGAGGAGCAGGAGGAGGCCAAGGACGUUGCAGCUGCUGCCGGGGACUCCAAGGGGGGCACCGAGAUCAAUCCAGACAACCACGGGAUGGGUCUGAAUAGUGAGAACUCCACAAAUGAUAAGACCCGGGCCCAAAAGCGUGUUGUUUUGUUCGAUGUGCCCCAGCUCAGCCCGGCCCUCAUCAGUCAGUUGUGCCAGCCUCUUCCCCCGAACCCACUCUUCGGGAGCUUCGGCAGUCCAAGGGUCCGGGACGUAUUCAACAAGAGUAAACUGCAGGAUCAAACACCUAAAACAACUCCAAAAGACUCAUGAAUGAAGCAGACUGUUGACUGUUUUGUUUUGGUUUGGUUUGUUUUUUCUUUCUCAUGUUUCCUCCCAUUCAUUCUAAUUCUUCUGUGCAAUGUGACUAAUGUGAAAAUCUGUUUAAUAAUUAUGUAUAUGAGAGCCUACACCAGAUUGCACGCCAUGUUGGGGAGGAGGUAGAGGAGGGAGGCGGAGAAAAACUAAACCUUAUUGAAGUUGUCAACCUGAAAAUUUGGUUAAAGUAGGCAAACAAGCUAAGUGAUAUGUGAAUUCAUCAUGUUUAUUCCCUUAAAGCUAGAGAAGCUAGUUUACUUGUACAUAGAAGGAGCCAGAGCUUAUGUUCUGACUGUCUGAACAAAGGAAUGAGAAGGUUUAAAUACAUUUUUUGUCCCUACUCA